AUGGCCAGGGCUCACUUCCUGCUGGUGAACCGGGAGCAAAUCACUAAAAGUGUUGUACUUUCACUGGUCCGCUUCUGUUCGUCUUUUACUCGCAGUUUUUUCUGCCAUGUUUUCCACAAAAUAUUUCAUCACUACAGAAUUAUAUCACUAACUAAGCCUCCUAUUAUACACGCCGUGUUGAAUGCUGUUUACAUUUGCAAAAAACCCGCACCCGGAACAAAAGACGCGGACACUUCUAAGAGUAAGAAACUUUGAACUAUAUUUGAUUUUUACGAUGUCCUCGAUUUGCUCAGCCUCCAUCCAGGCCCAGGCCGCCGCGACAGUUCGAGCGUCCACCUCCAUGCUACCACGAGAGAUACUAGAGCACUUUCAAUCAUAUUGCCCGCCUUAUCCAGGCGCGUGGUCGUGCCACAAGGGAAGUCAUUCUCUUCUGU